GAACAAGUUAAGAGAGCAUGAUUGGCACCCAGUUGGAUCAAGUGACUUUGGAUAACCUUCUCCUCCCAUCACCGGUUGGAUCAAACUAUUUAUAUGAUGUGACUUCAGUUCUUAGGUUAUUGAAAUCAUUCAUCAGCAAAGAGGCGUGUUUUGUUCCCUUAACUCGAAUAACGAAAAUUACAAGCUUGAUAGAUUUGAGGCAUGUUGUGUUUAGUUAACUCGAAUGAGGAAAAUUACAAGCUUGAUAGAUUUGAACAUAACCGAAGUAGCUCCUCAUCCAUGUCAAAAACCUUCCAAGUGCCUUGCCCUGGUCAGAUCGCUCCCGAGUUUGCUAGGGACUCGUAUGAUUCAAUAUACUAUGCCAAGGUUAUGUAUCUUGAGGUCGGUCGAAGGUUAUUUGAAGUCAAAAAGAUGAAAGUAUGUAGUGGGCUGAGCUACGAGAAGCUGUCAUUUGAGGCUUGUAGCCACCUUGCUCGUAAUAAAAAUUUCUCUUCAAAAUCUCCUGGACAAGCUCUCAUCACAUAGCAAGUGAAGCUCUAAAGCUUG